AUGUGGCUGUACCUGGCGGUCCUCGUGGUCCUGUACUACCUCCUGCGCUGGUCCCGGGAGAGGCAGAUGGUGAGCCACCUCCGGGACAAGUUCGUCUUCAUCACGGGCUGUGACUCGGGCUUCGGGAACCAGCUGGCCAGGCAGCUGGACCUGCGAGGCUUGAGGGUCCUGGCUGCGUGUCUGACGGAGCAAGGGGCGGAACAGCUGAGGAAGCAGACAUCAGACAGGCUGCAGACGGUGAUCCUGGACAUCACCAAGACAGAGAGCGUCGCUGUGGCCACCGAGUGGGUGAAGGAGCGUGUGGGGGACAGAGGACUCUGGGGUCUGGUGAAUAAUGCCGGCAUUUGCACAAUGAUGGUACCCAAUCAGUGGCUGACCAAACAGGACUUCAUGAGUUGUCUGGAGGUGAACCUGUUGGGAGUGAUUGAUGUGACCCUGAGUCUGCUGCCCCUGGUGCGGAAGGCGAGGGGCCGUGUGGUCAAUGUCUCCAGUGUCACGGGCCGGUUGGCUCUCCUUGGUGGAGGCUACAGCAUGUCCAAGUACGGCGUGGAGGCCUUCUCGGACUCCCUCAGGAGGGAGCUCUCCUACUUCGGAGUGAAGGUGGCUAUAAUUGAGCCCGGUUACUUCCUGACCAAUCUGACCCAAGAUGAGGCAUUUCAUGAAAGUCUUCGGACAGCAUGGAAUCGUUCCAGCCCAGAGAUCCAGGAACUCUAUGGAGACAACUAUCUUCCAGACUUAAUGAAGAUGUUGGAUUUUCUGAAGGCACCGUGGGCUGGAAAUCUGUCCUUGGUGACCAACUGCAUGGAGCACGCCCUGACCGCCUGCCAUCCCCGCAGCAGAUACUCAGCUGGUUGGGACGCCAAGUUCCUCUAUCUCCCCAUGAGCUAUAUGCCCAGCUUCCUGGUGGAUCUCAUGGUGUACUGGAAUUACCCCAAGCCUGCUAAGGCCCUGUAAUCCAAGAGUGGGGUGCGUGAUAGGCAGGAGUUGGGUUGUGGGUGGGGAGAGGAUACAUGGAGGGAGGAAAAUAGAAUGGAGAGGGGGAUUCUCACGGAGCCAGAACACACAUUCCGCCUCACUCCUCACCCAAUCCCUAGGCUUUGUUUGGCUCAUUGCUUAGGACUCUAAGAAAUUAGGAAGAAAGAGACAUAUUGUGCUUGAGGAACUGGGGUCAGAUGCUCACGUCUUCAUUCUGUCCCUUGUGCGUUAUGACACACAUUAUCUGUGAACAGCCGUACUGUGGGGAGGACAUG